AUGAAAGCCUCAACGAUACCAGCUACUGUGAAAAAGCUGCUCCUAAGUCUGGCUUUCUCUGAUCUUGCAGUCGGACUGUGUUCGCAGCUUAUGACCGCUAUUAUCAGCGCCUCGAUAUUGAAGAUGGCAUCAAGUGGAAACAACACAGCCUUCUUCUGUCCAACAGUUUUGGGUGUGAAAAAUUACUUUAUACAUCUUCUCGCCUCUGCAUCUUUUCUGAAUGUUAUUGUCAUCGCAUUUGAUAGACUUCUCGCUGUUUCGCUCCAUCUGCGAUAUCAGGAGCUUAUCACACCUAAACGUGUUAAUAUAGCAUUGGUGUCUUUGUGGUUAAUAAGGUGUAUCACCGCCUUCAUAUUCGUUUUCCUUCCGACGAGCAAUGAAAUAGUAGGCGCAGUUAUUUUAAUGAUAGGGUAUGUUUUGACCACCGUAGCAUAUACUCGUAUUUACAAAGUCGUCAAAUAUCAUCAGAAUCAGAUAUACAGCCAAAAUCAGCUUCAAAAUGCCCAAACAAGGGAGGUACUCCGACAAAAGAAGUCUGCCUAUAAUGCUAUAUUUGUCUAUCUUGUUUUUCUAGCUUGUUAUCUUCCUUUUUUGCCUUCAACAACACUGUACAUGACAUAUACUUCUGAAAUUUCGUUUUUCAUAGCUUAUUACUCAUCGUUAUUCUUGAUGUUCCUCAAUUCAUCAUUAAAUCCUCUUGUUUAUUACUGGCAGUACCGAGAAAUUCGCCAAAGUGUAAAAAGCACAGUGAAGAAAUUAUUUCACAUGAACGAGAACGUGACAUGAGAAACGAUUUAAAGCUUCUGAUAGUUUGAACUGAAAGUCUUUCCUGUGUCUUUUGCGAGGUCUUCAAAACGAAAUAUGGUAAGGAAACCAAUGGACUUAUUUUGGUGCAAAGAAAAUGAGAAAUGUAAAACGAAACAGAAUAUUCUGUUAGACAUUGGAACUGGCGUUGAUAAAUUGUGAAACGAGAACUGGCUAAUAAAGUUCUCAACGUUCUCAACGGUUCCACACCGACAUAUAUGUGACGUCUGUCAUCCGUUACAGCUACUCACUCAUAAUCCACUGCCACUUUGAGGAACAAUCAUACGUGAUAUACAUUUAAACGAUAUGUUUGUAUACUUUACAAAAAAGCAAGGCAAGACUCUUAUUUUUUCCAAAUUUUAACCUUAAUAAAAACGCAACCUAAUGUCUAAAGCUUUCAGAAAAGAUGGAUCGAAACUACAGCAACCUGAUUGGCUGGCAAGGAGCCGAUCAAACCGCACCAUUUUCGAUCCUCCAAACGAUCCAGGGGCAUAUAUAAACGCCUACCAAAUCACGGCUAACAAUACGGAAUGGUUCAGAGUUCACCUCAACCAUCCAAACACUUAGCAACUGAUGAGAAUCGUAGGAUUCCAAACCGCGGUCUUGCUAGUAAACUUAUAUUUAACUGCACAUAUUAAGUAGUAGCACAAAGAAGCCAGUCAAUUGAUUGGUAAACAAAGUAAAUGUUAUGGUAUUUUAAAUAUCGAGCUUCUAAAUACUAUCCUCUAAUAAACUACAGUCACAUUCGGCCGUAAGGCCGUAUUUAAGUUUAGAAAAAGAAAAAAAAUCGCGUUAUUUUCAGCUAGUUUAUAAAGCAGACGCGUGAAAUUAGGAAGUUUCACGUCGUAGUCAUGCUACGACGGCUAAGAAAUGUACAAAAAAGCGUGGUGCACGUGCAAAGUUGUUGUUUUGCUAUCUAACCUUACUGCGUUUUCGCCGUUCUUGUUGCCAUCUCCGUCGUCGUCGUCGCUUAAGUUCGCUAUUGUUGUGAUUCAAAAAUUUUGCUACCAUGGUAACACGGUGACGCCACACUUCUCCUCUCUAUUGCUUUGCUUUCAAAACUUAGCUCGCAAAACCUUUCCGAUCUUUCCUGGGUGGCUUUGUCUACAAUCGAAUUGGUGUUUGAACCUAUUAAAAUUUAUACCAACAAUAACAAUUUCUGUUUGCACUCUACUUAUACACAUUGAGUCUAAGGUUCGGCAAAACAAACCGGCUAUAUAACGUGUCACAGCAGGUGGCUGUUAUGAAAGGUAGGUAAUUAACAGAGGGGGAUAUUAGUGUAUAUAGUUUAUCGGAAGGAAAAAUUUAUCUCUUUAAUAUUACAAUUUAGAACAUGGAUGAACAGUACUACGCUCGAAUGCUGGACGUUUUGGUACAACUUGUUAGCCAAAAAAGAAGUUUCUUCUUUGUUUUUUCCUGUCUUCCGUCAACUUUCUUUCAGAUUAGCCCCAAUUGGGGACUGGCGACGAUGCAGUCUGUAUGAAUUAGCGUUCCAACCUACAGAUCCAUUGAUGUAGAAAUCCACCGAUCGUUUUCAAUAAAACUAGCGGUCCUUCUCAACAGGUAGCAGCUCAUAUCUCAAUUAUGGACAGAAACGUAAUUUGAAAUUAAUGGAAAAACAAUAUACAAUGUAUUACGGUGUUUAAAUGUUUUGUCUGCAAUACUUACGUCACAAAACCUUCCCCUUGUUUUCCCCUUCCCCCGAUUGAUCUUGUCAUCUGUUCGAUGUUUCAUCCCUUAAAAUUCAUUCCAACAAUACGACUGAAUUUUUGUUUGCACUCUACCUAGAAACACUGAGUCUUAGUCUUUAGUUUAAUAAUCAGAACCAUCUAUAUAACGGGUCACAGCUGUUAUGAAAGGUAGCUAAUUAACCAAGAAGGUAAUUAAUGUAGAUAUUUCAUCGAAUGGAAAAAUUAAUAUUUAUAGUUUGACAAGUUAAACCAUGACUGAACAGUACUGUACUCAAAGGCUAGAUUCCCGGUUAAAACUUGUUCAUCACAGCAAGUCUUCCAUCCUUGCUUUCUGUGUUUCACACUUUACAUUUUCCCUCGUGGCGACUCUUGGAAAUCGUUUAGUUAUCCGCGCUUUAAUAAAAGCCUCAACGAUACCAGCCAACGUUAAGAAACUGUUCCUAAGUCUGGCUUUCUCUGAUCUUGCAGUGCUGGGAUUGUUACUGCAGCUAAUGAAGGCAAUUAUCUAUGCGGUGGUGUGGAAGAUGGCGUCAAGGGGAGACAACUUGGCCUCCCUUUGCCCAACAGUUUUACGCGUGUAUUCUUGUUUUGGUUAUCUUCUCAUCGCUGCAUCUUUCCUGAAUGUUACUGUCAUUGCAGGCGAAAGGCUUCUUGCUCUUUCGCUCCAUUUGUGAUAUCAUGAGCUUGUCACACCCAAACGUGUUACAACAGUGGUGUCUGUAUGGAUAAUAAGUUGCGUUCCUAAAAUCCUAUCUAUUUUCUUUCCAAACGAAAUUCAAAUGGUAGCUGCAGUUAUUUGUCUUACAGGAUACCUUAUAACGACCAUGACAUAUGUUCGAAUUUACAAAGUUGUCAAAUAUCAUCAGAAUUAGAUUUACAGUCAAAAUCAGCUUUAAAAUGCCCAAACAAGGGAGGUACACCGACAAAGGAAGUCCGCCUACAAGAGUUUAUUUUCCAUUUUUUCUUUGUACAAUACUAACUAUACAAGACAAACCCCUCUGAAAUUUAAUUUCUCAUAGCUCAAAUUGCGUCGUUUUUCUUAAUUCGCCUGAAUUCAUCAUUAAACCCUACUGUUUAUGGCCGGCGGUACCGUGACAUUCGCCAAAUUGAAAAAAAUUUGCAUGAACGAGAAUAUGACAUAAGAAAAGACCUUAAGCUCAGGAUAGUUUUAACUAAAAAUGUAAUGCGAAGUUUUAUGAAACGAAAUUAACUGGGAAAAUGCAAUGGACUUGCUGAGUUCAAAGAAACGUGUAAAAGGGAGAUUGGUCUAUUCGACAUCGGAAAUGGUCUCGCUGGAAAGAGAAACAAAAAGACACCUUUGAUCUUAAUUCCUUCUACAAUUUCUACGAAAUGGAAUUUAGCAAGAAAACCAAUAGACUUGCAGCGCAAAAAGACCAAGAAAACAAAUAAUGUGAAUUUCAAUUCAGCAUUUUAAACAUUGGGCUGAAAGGCGAUUUGUUAUAAUAAAUAUCUUCCUAAGAUUGGUCUCUGCGAAAUUGGAUCUGGUCUCUAUGAAUUGCGAGACAAGAAGACGCCUUUGCAGCAUUUAAGUAAUGAAACUUAGCUCUAUUUUUCAUCGUCAAAACACUUCUUACAGAGAGAAACGUAAAAGCAUUUUCCCUUUUAAUGUACAAUGUUAGCUACGGUGCAAGAACCUUAUCGUUUUCAAGAAAUAUCCUUAAAACAAUAACUGUACCGAUUACUGCCAAAGAAUAAGUAACGAUGUGACAAAAUGGCCAUUGUUCAAGCUGUGAUCUACAGCGAAAGUUGCAAUCUUAACACUCUUUAGAGACGAACACAUAUGCUCGUUGGCAUUCGAAAAGAGUUUACAAAUAAGCAAGGUCAUUUGGGUUCGCUGUGCGCUAUUCCUAUCAGAAAAACCGUCGCGAGUCUACAUUUGAGAGAAAUGUCAACAAAACACAAAGGAAGACGAAAACAAUCCAAAUAAAAAUGUUAGGCUCCAGUCCAUUUAUAAAAACCUCACCUGCUUGGAAAACUAAAAAGACUCGCUGAGCGGGCAUCACCGUCAACUACGAAAUGGGCGCGAAACUUUUUAAAACUGAAACCUUGUGUCAAAAGUUUAAAAGCAUAGAACUAAACAAAAUCCAUCUGUAUUUUACUAUGUUUCAAAAAUUUCGCUGGACGGUUAAAUUUAGAGGAAAAACUCGCCCUUUCAACGUUUUAGAAUGAAUUAAAGUUCUAUUUUCUAUACCGAGCAUUUACAAGUUUAAAAACAAACAGUUCUUCUCAGCAGGCAACAGCACACAUGUCAAUUAUGGACAAAGAGGUAAUUGGAACUUGAUGGAAGGACUAUACAUUGCGGUGUGUAAUAAUUGUUUUGUUUUCAAUACUAGUAUUCCAAAACCUUCCCCCUUCCACUGUUUUCUGGGUUGGCCUUGUUUUAUACUGUUUAAUUCCUUGUUUCACUCUUGAACAAUGACAUUAAGUUUCUGUUUACACCCUACGUACAACAUUAAGUCUAAGGAUUUAGUUAAUGAACCGGCUUUAUUACGCGCUACAGCAGAUGGCCGAUGUGAAAAGUAGCAAAUAAACCGAGGGGGUAAUUAAUGUAGAUAUCAGUUUUAUCCAAGACAGAUACAUGUAUGUAAUGUGAUAAGUCAAACUAUGGCUGAAAAGAACUGCAAUCGAUUUCUGGAUUAUUGGAUUAAACUAGUUUCCUACAGGAGAAGUUUCUUCCUUGGUAUCUAGGUUUAAACUUUGUAUUUUCCCUCCCUUCAUAAUGCCCAAACAAGAGAGGCACACCGACAAAGGAAGUCCGCCUACAAUAGUUUAUUUGGCUCCCGGCAGUAGUUUAUUUAGCGUGUUGUUGUCCUCAUUCGAGCAAUAUGUAAAAGGUUUUCAAAGGUCUCACGUCGGUGAAGAUGUGCGGCCUGUCACCCCUUACAGUUUUUACUAUGAGGAUUUUGUCAUGUGAUGGCCUAACUGUGCUUAACCCUUUAGGCACUAAGAGUGAUCAGCAUCAAAUUUCUCCUAGUAAUAUUCCUGCUGUAGAAAACAAGGUUGUUAUGAGAAUUAGGGACAUAAUCACACAGAUUCUUUGACAGCUUCUCUCAACUACUAUUAUCAUGAGGAAACGUAUGGGAACAACAAAUGAGAAUUUGAAUUUUAAUAUUACAAUUUAAGGGACGAUUAUGUGACCAAGUAGAUUAGUUCUUGCACUAAAUGGUCUCAGAUCUUCGCCAAGAAAAAGCAUUUUAAAUUCCACUAACUUAUGUCAGAGACACAAGAACUUGACGAACGUGUCACUUUCAGUUCCAUAUUUAUAAACUGGAAUCCUGAUUUUUGUGCAUUUAGUGGAGAAGAGUUUACAAACGAGUAAGGUUAUUGAGCUCGUUGUGCGCUAGUCCAUUCAGACUACAUAACACCGUUGUGAGUCCCCAGUUGAGGCUAAUUAGUUUCCAGUCCUUUUUUAAAAACAUCACCAGCUUUGAAGACUCAAAAGCCUAGCUCACGACACCUUGAAAUAAGGAACAAGUGCUUUUUUUUCAAAGUGAAAAAUUGGUUAAAAACAAAAAUCCACCAUUAUUUCAUAUGUGUAAAUCAUUUGCUGGUCGAAUCAAUAAACAGAAAAUACUCGCUCUUUCAACGUUUUACAAUAAUUUAACGUUUUAUUUUUAUACUGAUCGUUUCCAAUUAAGCAGCUGUUUCCUCUUAGCAGGGAGUAGCUCACGUCUCAAAUAUGGACAGAGAGGUAAUUGGAACUUAAUGGCAAAGGACUAUAUAUUACGGUGUUUAAUUUUUUGUUUUCAAUACUAAUGUCGUAAAACCUUUCCCUUGUUUUCUGAGUUGGCCUUGUUUACAAUUCGAUUCGGUGUUUUAAGCCUUAAAAUUUUAUACCAACAAUAGGAAUUUCGGUACGCACUCUAACUAUAAACAUUGAGUCUAAAGCUUAAGUUAAUGAACCGGCUAUAUAACGUGACACAGCAGAUAGCUUUUAUGAAAGGUAGCUAAUUAACCGAGGGGGUAAUUAAUGUAGACAUUUCAGCAAAAAGGAAAAAUUCGUCUAUACAAUUUGACAGGUUAAACCAUGGCUGAACAGUUCUGCACUCGUGCGCUUCAUUCCUUGGUUCAAGUUGUUCAUCACAGAAGAUCUUCCCUCCUUGCUUUGUGUGUUUUAGACUUUGUAUUUUCUGUCGUGGCGACUCUUGAAAAUCUGUUAGUUAUUCGCGCCUUAAUGAAAGCCUCAAAGAUACCGGCUACUGUCAAAAAGCUGUUCCUAAGUCUGGCUUUCUCUGAUCUUGCAGUUGGACUGUGUUCGCAGCUUAUGACCGCUAUUAUCAGCGCCUCGAUAUUGGCAUCAAGUGGAAACAACACCGCCUUCUUCUGUCCAACAGUUUUGGGUGUGAAAAGUUACUUUUGUAUCUUCUCGGCAGUGCAUCUCUUCUGAAUGUUAUUUUUAUCGCAUUUGAUAGACUUCUCGCUGUUUCGCUCCAUCUGCGAUAUCAGGAGCUUAUCACACCCAAACGUGUUAAUAUAGCAUUGGUGUCUUUGUGGUUAAUAAGUUGUAUCACCGCCUUCAUAUUCGUUUUCCUUCCGACGAGCAAUGAAAUAGUAGCUGCAGUUAUUUUAAUGAUAGGGUAUGUUUUGACCACCGUAGCAUAUGUUCGUAUUUACAAAGUCGUCAAAUAUCAUCAAAAUCAGAUAUACAGGCAAAAUCAGCUUCAAAAUGCCCAAACAAGGGAGGCACUCCGACAAAGGAAGUCCGCCUAUAAUGCUAUAUUUGUCUAUCUUGUUUUUCUAGCUUGUUAUCUUCCUUUUUUGCCUUCAACAAUACUGUACAUGACAAAUACUUCUGAAAGUUCGUUUAUCGUCGCUAAUUACGCAUCGAUAUCCUUGAUCUGCCUGAAUUCAUCAUUAAAUCCCCUUGUUUAUUGCUGGCGGUACCGAGAAAUUCGCCAAAGUGUAAAAAGCACAGUGAAGAAAUUAUUCAACAUGAACAAGAACGUGACAUGAGACACGAUUUAAAGCUUCGGAUAGUUUGAAUUGAAAGUCUUUCCAGUGUCUUUUGCGAGGUCUGCAAAACGAAAUAUGGUAAGGAAACCAAUGGACUUAUUUUGGUGCAAAGAAAAUGAGAAAUGUAAAAGGAAACAGAAUAUUCUGUUAGAAACUGGAACUGGGGUUGAUAAAUUGCGAAACGAGACCUUGUUAAUAAACUUCUCAACGUUCUCAACGGUUCCACGCCGGCAUAUAUGUGAAGUCUGUCAUCCGUUACAGUUACUCACUCAUAAUCCCUUGCCACUUUGAGGAACAAUCAUACAUGAUGUACAUUUAAACGAUAUGUUUGUAUACUUUACCAAAAAGCAAGGCAAGACUCUUGUUUUUUCCAAAUUUUAACCUCAAUAAAAACGCAACCUAGUGUCUAAAGCUUUCAGAAAAGAUGGAUCGAAACUACAGCAACCUGAUUGGCUGUCAAGGAGCCAAUCAAACUGCACCAUUUUCGAUCCUCCAAACGAUCCAGGGUGCGUAUAUAAACGCCUACCAAAUCACGGCUAACAAUACGGAAUGGUUCAGAGUUCACCUCAACCAUCCAACCACAUACCAACUGAUGAGAAUCGUAAGAUUCCAAACCGCGGUCUUGCGUGUAAACUUAUAUUUAACUGCAUAUACUAUGUAGUAGCACAAAGAAGCCAGUCAAUUGAUUUGUAAACAAAGUAAAUGCUAUGGUAUUUUAAAUAACGAGCUUUUAAAUACUCUCCUCUAAUAAACCACAGUCACAUUCACAAAGCAAUUGAGUGCAAAAACGACAUUCAAAGGACACAGCAUUAUAACGUAUUUAAAUAAUGCUUCCACCAGAGGUGCGAUAAAUACCAACUAAUACCCAAAACAACCAGAGUCAAAUCCGGACAUUUUUAAAGAAUGCAUGCUGUGCACAGCUAAACAUUGUGCUCUGACGUCGAGUAAACCUCAACUGUACGGAGAUAUUAAAAGCGGAUACUUAAGAUAACAGAAACUAUGGAAAAUGAUCAUUAUUACUUUUACGCGAUUUUAAGCAGACAUAUCUUAUAAAACGGACAAAAAACUCAACAAAAAUGCAUACGAACUGAAUAAAUUGUCUGUUGCGUAAGGUGCUGAACUUACACAUUUUCCUCUGCUGAGUAUAGAGUAUACCAAGCCUUUCUUUGGUGCGCUAUAUAGAAGAUAUAUCAACGUAACGAGCAUAAUAGCCCACCUAUCGUACAAUUUUUCAAGUGUAAAAUCCCUAAGAGAGUUCUCCUCUCUGGCCCCGCUACCCCUAUAGUUAUUCCAGACAGCCAGUACUCUAAUUUUACUUUCAAUAUUUUCAUUGUCGUAAUUUAGUGUUAAGCAAGAGUGAGACCAAAUAAAGAUUGUUGUUGUUAUUGUCCUCAUUGAAGCAAUAUGUAAAAGGUUUUCAAAGGUUUCACAUAGGUGAAGAUGUGUGGCCUGUCACUCCUUACAGUUUUUACUAUGAGGAUUUUGUCAUGUGAUGGCCUAACUGUGCUUAACCCUUUAAGCCUUAAGUGUGAUCAGCAUCAAAUUUCUCCUUGCAAUAUCACUGCUUUAGAAAACGGAGCGGUCAUGAGAAUUAUGGACAUGAUUACACAUAUUCUUUAACCAACGUCUCCCCACCACUAAUUUAGGAAACGUACAGGGACAACAAAUGAGAAUUUGAAUUUUGACAUUCAAAUUCAAAGGGUUAAUAUGUGACCAAGUAGAUUAGUCCUUGCACAAAACGGUCUUAGAUCUUCGCCAAGAAAAAGCAUUUCAAAUUCCACUGACUGAUGUCGGAGACACAAGAACGUGACGAACGUGUCACUUUCAAGAUGCGUUUCAUUUUAAUCUGGGCAAUCGAGAGCGAACAACAGUUCCAUAUUUAUACACAGGAAUCCUGAUUUUUUUUGGCAUUUGGUGGGAAAGAGCUUACAAAAGAACAAGGUCAUUUAGGUUCGCUGCGCGCUAGUCUAUACAGACUACAUUGUCGCCAAUCCCCAGUUGAGGCUAAUCUAAAAGACAGAAGACGGAAGACAAAACAGGCCCCUUUUUUAGACACCUCACCGGCUUUGAAAACUCAAAAGCCUCGCUUACAUCGCCUUGAACAAAGAAACAGGUGCCAAAUUUUUCAAACUGAUAGCUUGCGUCCGAUUGCUUAAAAGUUUAAAUAAAAGAGUAGAAUUGAACAAAAUCCAUAAUUAUUUUAUAACGUGUAAAUCAUCUGCUGGUUGGAUCAAUUACGACAAAAAGCGCGCCUUUUCAACUUUUUACAUAAUUUAAUGUUCUCUCUUUAUACCGAUCGUUUUCAAUUAAACAAGCGGUUCCUCAAAUCUCUAUUAUGGACAGAGACGUAUUUGGAAAUUAAUGGAAAAGGACUAUAUACAAUGUAUUACGGUGUUUAAUUGUUUUGCUUGCAAUACUUACGUCACAAAACCUUCCCCUUGUUUUCCCCUUCCCCCGAUUGAUCUUGUCUACAAUCACUCGAUGUUUCAACCCUUAAAAUUCAUUCCAACAAUAAGACUGAAUUUUUGUUUGCACUCUACCUAUAAACAUUGAGUCUUAGUCUUUAGUUAAUCAGAACCAUCUAUAUAACGUGUCACAGCAGAUGACUGUUACGAAAGAUAACUAAUUAACCGAGAAGGUAAUUGAUAAUGGUAAUUGAACUGAGUGGAGUGCAGUUUGGUCUGAAAUCAUACGCGUGAUUUCAAAAUCGAACUCGCGCUGCGCGCUCGUUCGAUUUAAAAUUACAAGUAUGAUUUCAGACCAAAAUUGCACGACACGAAGUUCAGUUACCACUUUAUUACAUCCAUUUUGAAAUCGCAGAAUUUAGUCAGUACUAAUAUUUUAUUGAUCGAGUAGCCGGUUUGUUAAAAAGCCGAAACAAAAAGGCUUUUACAUCUCAUUUUGUAUUCGAAACAGAAAUGAUGCGAUUUAUAAAACAAAAAUGGUGCGAUUUAAAACAGAAAUGAUGCUAUUUAGAACAUGAACGACGCGAUUUUUUUAGAGCAAAAAAUGGUGCGAUUUAGGAAUAAAUCACACUGCUGAGAGCCAAUCAGAUUGCACGGAUAGCCAGUGAUUUCAAAGUGGAUGUAAUAAAUGUAGAUAUUUCAUCGAAAGGAAAAAUUCAUGUUUAUAGUCUUGACAAGUGAAACCAUGCCUGAAACUCAGCUACCGUUUUUAUCGUAAACUAACUUCUAAAAGAGACAAACCUGCCCCAGUGUGAGGAUUUUCCUCUUUUAUGGAUCACAACAAACCGAAAAACGUCACUUAAAACUGUUUCAGACUUCAUCGAUCUCGUUCAGUUUCAAUUAAUUUGUCAAAUGUGGGCUAAAAUUUCUGCAGUUAAAUCCGAAAAGACCGUAUUUAAGUUUAGAAAAAGAAAAAAAUUGUGUUGUUUUCACCUAGUUUAUAAAGCGGACGCGUGAAAUUAGGAAGUUUCACGUCGUAGUCGUGCUACGACGGCUAAGAAAUGUAAAAAAAAGCGUGAUGCACGUGCAAAGUUGUUGUUUUGCUGUGUAAACUUAUUGCUUUUUCGCCGUUCUUGUUGCCGUCGCCGUCGUCGUUGCUUAAGCUCCCUAUUGUUGUGAUCCAAAAAUUUUGUUACUAUGGUAACACGACGUCACACUUCUCCUCUCUAUUUAGAGUGGUCUUUACACUAGAGCCUAAAUAAGCUAAGAAAUAUUUCGAGACAAGUAAAUUUUAAAUUCUUCAAGUAAAAGAAAGCUUCACACACAACCUUUCUUUUUUACUUCGGUUUUACUUAAGCCUAUUUUCCCACGCAACAUAAUUAAGAUUGAUCGACAUGCUUCGCCUUUCUCAAAGCAAAGAAAACGCAAUUUCGCUACGUCAGUUUUAAGGAUGGUUUUGAACUCACUUGAAACUUUCUUGAAUCGUUUCAACUUUCCGACUUUAAUGAGAUGCAAAGUAAAGUUACUUGAAAUUUUACUUAGGCCUUCACACACGCAUUUUUGGUUAAGUAAAACUUAGCAGCUCUUAAGUCUUACUUAACAGCCUAGUGUAAAGACAACCAAUUGCUUUGCUUUCAAAACUUAGCUCGCAAAACCUUCCCGAUCUUUCCUGGGUGGCUUUGUCUACAAUCGAAUUGGUGUUUGAACCCUAUUAAAAUUUAUACCAACAAUAAGAAUUUCUGUUUGCACUCUCCUUAUUAACCUUGAGGCUAAAGUUCGGCAAUAAACCGGCUAUAUAAAGUUUCACAGCAGAUGGCUGUUAUAAAAGGUAGCUAUCGAUAUAAUAUUACAAUUUAAAGCAUGGAUGAACAGUACUGCGCUCGAAUGCUGGAUUUUUUGGUACAACUUGUUAGCCAAAGGAGAAGUUUAUUCUUUGCUUUCUGUGUUUUAAACUUUGUAUUUUCUCUCGUGGCAACUCUUGAAAAUCUUUUAGUUAUCCGCGCGUUAACGAAGGCCUCUACGAUACCAGCAACCGUCAAGAAGCUGUUCCUAAGUCUGGCAUUCUCUGAUCUUGCAGUGGGACUGUGUUCGCAGCUAAUGAAGGCUAUUAUCAGUGCCUUGAUAUUCAAGAUGGCAUCGAGUGGGAACAAUUUAGCCACCUUCUGCCCCGCAGUUUUAAACGUGCUUUCUUACUUCACGUAUCUCCUCUCCACUGCAUCUUUUCUGAAUGUUACUGUCAUUGCAUUUGAUAGACUUCUCGCUGUUUCGCUCCAUCUGCGAUACCAGGAGCUUGUCACUUCCAAACGUGUUAUAGUAGUGUUAGUGUCUGUAUGGAUAAUAAGUUGCAUCCUUGCCUUUAUAUACAUUUCUCUUCCAAAAGGCAUUGAAAUGUUAGCUGUGGGAAUUGCCCUCGUAGGCUGUGUUCUGACAACCGUGGCAUACGUUCGUAUUUACAAAGUCGUCAAAUAUCAUCAGAACCAGAUAUAUACUCUGAAUCGUCUUCAAACUGCGCAAACAAGGGAGGCACUUCGACAAAGGAAGUCCGCUUAUAAUUCUUUAUUUGUCUAUGUUGUUUUUCUAGUUUGUUAUCUUCCUUUUUUGCCUAGCACAAUAAUGUAUGUGACAAACACUUCUGAAAUUUCAGUCCUCAUAGGUCAAUUUACCUCGCUGUUCUUGAUUUGCCUGAAUUCAUCAUUAAAUCCUCUUGUUUAUUGCUGGCGGUAUCGAGAGAUUCGCGAAAUUGUAAAA